UCCUUCUGCCACAUUACCAUUCCCUCAGCCAUUCCACUGAACGGCAGGCCUGCUGCGUGACCAUUUUCCCUUCGCACGAUGCUUGCCUCGCUCUGCCCUUUAUCGCACUCGCUUCUCCUCGCCCCGCUUGAGCUCUCUCGGGUUUCCCAGCCCACCCCUCGCGCUCACUCCCAUUGCGCCAUCUCACACACCUUCCAUCCGCGCCACUCCUCGUCCCCUGCGUUCAUCCGCGCGUUGCUGCCACGCAAGCCACCGCUGCACUCCGCACGUCGCAUACAUUCUCCACCCAUGCAAGUCGCACGGUCGCAGCAGGGCGAUGCGACGGUCGCGAAGCCGUCGCUGCCGUCGCUGCAGGAGUUCCUAAUGGAGUCCAUGGCAACGGUCGGCGACGGCAGCGGGAAGGGGGCGAGCGACGGAGUCAUCGACAGCGACUUGGUGCUGCUGCUGCUGACGCUGCACGACGCCAUGAAGCGCAUCGCGGUGACGGUCGGCCGGCUGAACAUCGACGCCGCCAUGGGCGCAAAGCUGAGCGGCGUCAGCGGCAGCACGAACGAGUCGGGCGACGCGCAGAAGCCGCUCGACCUCGUGUCGAAUGACAUCAUCAAGGCGACGCUGACGUCGUCACGGCUGGUGUCCGUGGCAGCCUCGGAGGAGGACAAUGACGUCAUCGAGCUGACAGCCGGCGCGCCGUACGCGGCCGUGUUCGACCCCCUGGACGGCAGCAGGAACAUCGACGCCGGCAUCCCCACCGGCACCAUCUGGGGCCUCUACCGCUCCCUGCCUCCUGCUCCUGCUGUCGCGGCUGCCACUGCUGCUUCGCCUGCUGCGGCUGUGCUGCAGCCGGGGCGGGCACUGGUGGCGAGCGGGUACGUGCUGUACUCGUCUGCGGUGGUGGCGGUGCUGACCGUGGGGCGCGGCGUGCAUGCUUUCACGCUGGACGAAACCACGGGCGAGUGGCUGCUCACCGCCAGGGACAUGCGCAUCCCCAAGCGAGGUCAAAUCUACUCAGUGAACGACGCGCGGUACUUUGACUGGCCGGCGGGGCUGCGCGCAUACAUCGACGCGAUCCGGCAGGGCAAGGGGCAGUCGGGGAAGAAGUACUCAGCGCGCUACAUCUGCUCGCUCGUGGGGGACUUCCACCGCACGCUGCUGUACGGGGGGGUGGCCAUGAACCCGCGCUCACACCUGCGCCUGCUCUACGAGGCCAACCCCCUCGCAUUCCUCGCAGAGCAGGCAGGCGGAAAGGGGAGCGACGGGAAGAGGAGCAUUUUGGACAUUGAGCCGUCAGGGAAGCUGCACGAGCGGCUGCCGUUGUUCCUGGGGAGUCCGGAGGAUAUAGACGAGCUGGUGGGGUAUGGGGAUGUGCAGCAAGUGGUCAACCCGGGCUAUGAGGUGUGAGCGCUCGAGGCGCGUCAAAGGCAGACUCCUUAUAUGCAGCUUCUUUUGACGCGUCAUGAGCUGGUGGGUAUGGUAUGGGGAUGUGCCGCAGAUGGUGAACCCGGGAACCCUGGAACCCGGGUUUGAGGUGUGAGGAAGAAGGGGGGAGGGGGGGGGUGGAAGGGGGGGGGAAGGGUAAGAGGGUGGAUGGGAGGGCCAGGAAGGGUGGGCGUUGCUGGAUAACAAGGUAGAGGUGGGGGUUGGAAGUUGGAAGGGCGCACAAGGGCAGAUAGGUUUUCUUGAGUGAGGUGCCGCGCUGUCAUAAAGUCACCAGUCCGAACCACUGGGACAAGAAGGGAUGUCAUCAGGAGGGUUAGGCUCAGGGGUGACUUUAUCACACUAUUUACUCUGAUUAGUACCGUAUUCCUCCGUACAUAACACCCUAGGGUAUUGUAAAAAAUUCAUUAAAAAAACGAAGGGGUGUUAACAGUAGGCUGGAAAAAUAUAACUCCCAUGUCUUU